ACACCUUCUCUCAACUCACUUCCUCCCCGCACCCCCACGCCGCCUCCAGUCAGCCGCAAUGAAACCGCAACGGAACCACAACAAUGCUAUCAGCUUGGCUGGGAGGGGCGACUGGAACAGUCAGAAAGAGCGAAUGAAGGUUAGAGGUCAGGGGUCGAGGGCGCUUUAGAGUCACCCGGGCUGCAGUGGGAGGAGCUGCGGGCUCGGGGGAGGCGGGGAGCUGGCAGUGGGGACGAUGGCGGAGGCGCGCAGGGGCGGCGCGCUGGGCUGGGCACUGGCGGCGAGGGGGUUACGCGCCUCGGCUGGGCCCGGCUCAGCGGAGGAAGGCUGAGAUCCUUCGCUGGGGCCCUGCAGCGAGCCGGGUCGACCCCGUGCCACGCCCCGCCCAUCCCGCCCCGCUGAGGGCGCGCCCGGGCGAGGCGGGGCCCGGAGGAAAAGGCGCCACGGUGCUGUAGCGUCCGCUAGCAUCGCUGGAGAGAGACGGUGCGCCCCCUGGACCUCAGCCCACAAGCGCCGAGGUGCCCCUCCCUUUGGCCACCUCUCGCUUGCCCCUUGCUACGAGCCAAGGCUGGCGCCCCACCCGGAGAUGGGCAGACGUGUGGAUGGCGUGGCUCCUAGCGCCGCCAGAUCGCAGGAGCCCGGCGGCGGGGCGCUGCGCUGAGGCUCCCGCUCCGCGCAGCCCGGGAAGCCUGCAGGUGUCCUUGGCCGCCCAGCCACCUCCCGGGAGAUUCCUUCGCCGGUGCCCAGAGCCCCGCUCCCCCGAGCGGCCCCGCCCCCCGGGCUCGGCGCAGCGCAGGACGCCCCGUCUGAGGCCCCUCCGCCCCAGCGCGGCCCUCGCCGUGCUGCGCCCAGCCCAGCGCUGUUCCCAGCCGCCGCCAAGCCGCGGACGCAAGACCAGAGGCUCCCUCCUGCGGGCACGCUUGUUUUCCUGCCGCGGCCUCGCCCUGCGCAGCCCCCGCCCGCCAGAUCGCCGCGCUCCGCUCAGCCCCGCCCGCCACCCAUGCCCUGCGCUGGAUUUAUGAAUGGGGGGAAGAGGCCACAUGCCGCCACCGCCGCCUCGUGUUGACCGCACGGAGCCUGGGCCAGCGGAGCUCCGGCUGCCGUGAGAGCGUCGGCCCGGCCCCGGCAGCCGCUCGGAGGACUUGUUGCUGUUGCGCCGCCGCCGCCGCCGCGGGGAAGCCGGCUGCUCCCGGGGCUCGGCGGGGUCAGGAAGCCGGAGGGUGGCCCUUGUGAGUGUGAACGCCCUCGCGCCCCCGCCCCUCGCAGAGCGCCUGGACUGUGCGCUUCCUGGUCUUUUUUUGGGGGGGGAGGGGGCGUGUCCCGGGCCGGAGCGUCUGAGUGUCCAGUCCUAGCGGGGGAGCGUGUGUGUGUGCUAACCCUGCCUUCCCCGGCCCCUCGCAGUGGUCCUCGGCUCUCCUUUCCCCCUCUUGCCUCCCUCCCCGGCGCUGACGGCCCAAACCCUAACCACCUGUGCACCGGAGAAACCCAACUCCUGCUCCGCGCCCCGGGGGGAGGCAGGGACAAGGCCACACCGCAGAGGGGCCACCGCUGCCUCCUGCCUCCUCGUCUCCUCCCCCUCUCCCGUCUGACGCUGCCUCCUUGGGAAGGGUGUUUGGAGGGCAGCGGCCGCCCCAAGCCGAAGCCCCGCAGCGCUUCUUAUGAUCAGCUCGGUGUGUGUCUCCUCCUACCGCGGGCGCAAGUCUGGGAACAAGCCUCCGUCCAAAACAUGUCUGAAGGAGGAGAUGGCCAAGGGCGAGGCGUCGGAGAAGAUCAUCAUCAACGUGGGCGGCACGCGACAUGAGACCUACCGCAGCACCCUGCGCACCCUACCGGGCACCCGCCUCGCCUGGCUGGCGGAUCCCGACGGCGGGGGCCGGCCAGAGUCGGAUGGCGGAGGCGCGGGCAGCAGCGGCAGCAGUGGCGGCGGCGGCGGCGGCGGUGGGGGCUGCGAGUUCUUCUUCGACCGGCACCCGGGCGUCUUUGCCUACGUGCUCAACUACUACCGCACAGGCAAGCUGCACUGCCCCGCCGACGUGUGCGGGCCGCUCUUCGAGGAGGAGCUCACCUUCUGGGGCAUCGACGAAACUGACGUGGAGCCUUGCUGCUGGAUGACCUACCGGCAGCACCGCGACGCCGAGGAGGCACUGGACAUCUUCGAGAGCCCGGACGGAGGCGGUGGUGGCGCAGGGCCGGGCGAUGAGGCUGGCGACGAUGAGCGGGAGCUGGCCCUGCAGCGCCUGGGGCCCCAUGACGGAGGCGCAGGCCCUGGCGCAGGGUCCGGGGGCUGCCGCGGCUGGCAACCCCGCAUGUGGGCGCUCUUUGAGGAUCCCUACUCCUCCAGAGCGGCCAGGGUGGUGGCCUUUGCCUCUCUCUUCUUCAUCCUGGUGUCCAUCACCACUUUCUGUCUGGAGACCCAUGAGGCCUUCAACAUCGAUCGGAACGUGACGGAGAUCCACCGAGUAGGGAACACCACCAGCGUGCGCUUCCGGCGGGAGGUGGAGACGGAGCCCAUCCUGACCUACAUCGAGGGUGUCUGUGUGCUGUGGUUCACACUGGAGUUCCUGGUGCGUAUCGUGUGCUGCCCGGACACGUUGGACUUCGUCAAGAACCUGCUCAACAUCAUCGACUUCGUGGCCAUCCUGCCCUUCUACCUGGAGGUCGGGCUGAGUGGCCUGUCAUCCAAGGCAGCCCGUGACGUGCUGGGCUUCCUGCGCGUGGUCCGCUUUGUGCGCAUCCUGCGCAUCUUCAAGCUCACGCGCCACUUCGUGGGGCUGCGCGUGCUGGGCCACACCCUGCGCGCCAGCACCAACGAGUUCCUGCUGCUCAUCAUCUUCCUGGCUCUGGGCGUGCUUAUCUUCGCCACCAUGAUCUACUACGCUGAGCGCAUUGGUGCCAGGCCCUCCGACCCACGGGGCAAUGACCACACCGACUUCAAGAACAUCCCCAUUGGCUUCUGGUGGGCCGUGGUCACCAUGACGACGCUGGGCUACGGGGACAUGUAUCCCAAGACGUGGUCAGGCAUGCUGGUGGGGGCGCUGUGUGCGCUGGCCGGCGUGCUCACCAUCGCCAUGCCGGUGCCUGUCAUUGUCAACAACUUUGGCAUGUACUACUCCCUGGCGAUGGCCAAGCAGAAGCUGCCCAAGAAACGAAAGAAGCACGUGCCGCGGCCGCCCCAGCUCGAGUCGCCCAUGUACUGCAAGUCCGAGGAGACAUCGCCCCGGGAUAGCACCUACAGUGAUACCAGCCCCCAUGCCCAGGAAGAGGCUAUGGUGGAGAGGAAACGGGCAGAUUCCAAACAGAACGGCGAUGCCAAUGCAGUGCUGUCAGACGAGGAGGAGGGAGCUGGCCUGACCCAGCCCCUGGCCGCCACCCCGACCCUUGAGGAGCGCAGGGCCCUGCGACGCUCAGGCACCCGAGACAGAAACAAGAAGGCAGCUGCCUGCUUCCUGCUCAGCGCUGGGGACUAUGCCUGUGCUGAUGGUAGUGUCCGGAAAGGCUGUGCAAGGUCCCGGAGUCUAAACAACAUAGCUGGAGCGGCUGGAACCAGCCUGGGGCUCUCUCCACGGGCAUCGCGAUACAGCUCUCCCUACCCUCCGAGGAAGCUCCUGCUCCCCCUCACCAGCCCCCCGCCCAGAAAGUCAGCCCCAUAGCUGCACCCUCGGCUCUCUUGCCUCUGGGCACCCGAGACGCACAAGCAGGGCCAGGCACACUCAUGCCCACCAGCCCCCAUUCCUCCUGCAGCCUGAGGGAGCCAGGCGGGAUGCAGGCGAAUUCAGGCCCCUGAGCCUCUCCGCACCACCCAGCUCCCCAAAAUGCUCAGGUCUGGGGCCUGAGAGCAGCGGGAGAUUACUCUCAGGGUCCCCCAUCCUGAGCUGGAGGUGCCGGCAUUCCCAGGACCCCUGUCUCUGGGCCCUGCCCCCCCCCACUAGGGUCCUAUCUUAAUUACAGCAAAUGCAUUUUCAUUCCUCGUGGCCUUCCACCAGUAACCAAACAGCCUGCAACCGAAUGUCUCUGUCUGUCUGUCUGUCCAUCCCACACCCAGACCAGCAAGGAAAAUAAGGCUGUCCUGUGGGGCAGCCCUGCUGGUGUCUAGGAGGCUUGUCUCCUCAGGGGAGCUGUGCUGCCUGGGGUUGCUCUGGCCUGGGGUGCAAGUGGGGGUCCCUACAGUCUGAGCCCCAGGAUUUUCUUUCUGGGUACAGGGAUGUCCUCCUUUCCGGGGUGACACCCAGCCGCUGAGCCCAGCACCCCAUCUGCGCCCCGAGCCUCAGCACCUCUUGCCGCGCUGCUUCCUCUGCUUCCACAACAGCUUCUCUUCCCUCUCCGGCUCCCUCACACUGAGCCCAGCCUCUGAGUCACCUGCCGCUCCUACCCAGCCUCUGCGCUCCGCGUUGCUGCCAGAGCUGGAGACUCAUCUAAUUUCUAUAAUUAAGUGUAUUCAUUUACCUAACGAGCCUGAGAGCACAACAGGUUUGUGAGUCAUUGUGUGAGCAGGGGUGCGCCCUGGGCAGGGGCAGCUGAGGGGAAGUGUGGGGACAGAGCCAUCCUGCCCUCACCUGGUCUUGCACAGGCACCCUGCCACGCAGGCUCUCAGGGAGGGCCAAGCCACAAGUGGGCCCUCCCCCAGCAGUGCACAGCACAAGGCACUCCAGGCCCUCCUCAGUCCUGGGACCCAGGGACGCCGCAGCCGAGUCAUUUCCUGUUUCACCUGAUGGGAAUGAGACCUGACAGCAGAGCCGUGCGCCUGGCAAUUUUUAGAGUCAGAUUAUGCAACUUUGUAGAGAGAAUGACUAAGUAAGCGCCAUAUCUGCUCUUUCCAGGGUGGGCAAAGAGAGGCAUGCAAGACAGCGUUCGGGAGGAGGCUGGGAAGUCAGGGGGCCACCCCAGCAAGUGAACUGGGCAGAAAGGUCAGACCAUUUCAUGGGGUGCCCAGAAAAUCCCCAUUUCAGUGCCUUCUUCAGCCUUAGAUGGUCCCUUCCAGAAAGGUCUGUUCCUGGGGGAUGCUGGGAUAGCAGCCCUCCUGUGGUCUCCAGGGUCUGCGUCCCACUGUCUCUUAGAAUGGAGUGUCCUCCUAAGAGUUGAGAAGAUACAGGGGUGUCCAUGUGACCUCCCUUCAGAAGGGGACAGGCCCCUUUAAGGGACAGGAACAGAAAAGCCCUGUGGAGCAGGAUGGAGAUGCCAGGCACCCUCUCCCCUCACAACCGAGUGAGAGCCCAGCUGCUCCUUCAUGAGGACAGUUGCAGCUCUGCCUCCACAGGGCUUCCUGGCACCGGGGUCCUGGCUCUGACUGGGACGCGGUGAGCGAGGUGUCCAGUUUAGCACGGGCACCGCAGCUGUUUUCUCCUCUGACUUGUCUCUCUGGUUCACGGAACCGAGGCAGUUAUUUCUGUGGCAGCCCUCACGUUGUCAGGAGCCCAAGUUUCCACGGCACCCACCGCCUCCUUCCCUCCCACAGGGAUGGGCAUGCUCAGGGCACCCCUAUGGUGGGCACAGAUGUCCCUGGGUGACAUGAUGCAGAAGUGCCAGGCUGGAGCCCCUAGUGCCUUGGGAGAAGGGCUCCCACACGUCCCUCCCUCCCAGUUCCCUGGCUUCUGUAGGACCUCACUAAUGGGAGAGCUGAGUAGGCUGCCUGCCCUGCUACCUCUCAGGACCUCGGCCUUCCCAGCGCCCUAGGAAAGGGCAAAGCAAGUCCUGGAGCUUCCAGAGACCCAUCAUUCACUGAGUUCUGCCUAGGGAGGUGGCUGCAGGGGCCUCAGGCUCACCCAGGUCUUGGGCCUCCCUCCUCAGGGAAGGCUCCCCGUCCCAUGUGAGCACAGUUUGCUUUACCUUGGAUCUGGACCUGGACCUGGACCCAUGACUUGGCUUCUAGAAGCCUUUCCUCUAUUGCUGGGCCCAAGCCUCUCCUGGCAGAGCAGGAAAGCAGCCCAGUAGGAGUUGUUAACCUUACCUUCCAGUUUGGAGCAGGGCCACUCACAACCCUAGAGCCCUCAGGGCUCCUGAGAAGAGUGGCCGUGAGCUGGAACCAGAGGGAGGGAGCCUGGGCGGCAUGCGCGUUGCAGGGUAGACUGCGUGCCGGACCGAAGGCUGGCACUGCCCUUCCACAGAGCUUCCUGAGAGAGCAGGGCCUCCUUUGCCCUGGCCAGAGUAUCACCCUCCAAAAAUUCUGCCCCCACAGCAGCCUCCCUGCCUGCCUAGCCUGUGCCUGCACUGGGGAGGUUCCCUUCCCAAGCCCUUGGCAUCCCAGGCUGAGGUGGGAUUCCCAGAAGAUCUCAUGGAUGGGUUGGGUUUUUCAAUAUGAUGGUAUUUUCUGGCCUUCCCUCCUGAGAGGCACAUUCAUCCUUUCUGACCUUCCCCGUCAGCAUUCACUCUGCAGCCACUGGGACUCGUUCCUGCCAGAUUGGGGAAGGGGGGCUGGGCACGCCACGGCAGUACACUCAGGAGCCGUCUUCAGCCCUCUGGAGCAGAAGAGUCCCCAGGUGGUGGUGGCAGAUGGAGCCAUGCUGGGGGGAGCCCAACCUGGGCAGGCAGCAGCUUGGGUGACCUGUGGGUUACAGGCCAAUCAGGAACUUCCCCCUCUGCCUCCAUGCCAGGCCGCAGAGCCCUCUCCCCAUUGCACUGGAGCUUUGAAGACUGAGAGCUAGUGGUUUCUGCAGCUCAUUACCUGAGCAAAUAGGGAGAUGAGCUGUAACAUCACCUUGUGAGUCACCUUGGCCCAGAGCUGGGUCGGCAGAGGGAUGAUGAAGGGGCUCACCCCAUACCGUGACCCAUCUGUGCUCCUCCUGGCUUCUUAGCCCUUGGUCCCCAUGCCUUCCAGCUCUGCUCCUGGCCUACUCUCUAGCCCACAGCCUGUGGGUUGGCAGCUGCCUUCUUCUAACAUCUCAUUCUUUGUUUCUCCCUUUCUUUUGCUGAACUCCUUACCCCCCCAGAAGGCAAUGUUGAGCCGAAAGCGUGCGUCCCAGUGUCUCACACCUGUGCUCUUUAAACACAGAGACCUGCCAAGACGCCCUCUCGUCCAACUAUGCCCAGGCUGAAGUCCUCACCCUCUCUUAAAGCGGCACCAACGUGAGAGAGACAGGCAGACAGACAGAAAUCCAGAGACUUAGGGAAACUCUGGAACCCAGGCAAGAAUCACUGGGAAAGACUCAGCUAUCCUUGUGUGCACAAGACUGAUGGAAAACCUCCCGUGUGACCCUCGGGGCCCAGAGCCAUCUGGGUCGGAUGUUCUGUUGUAAAUUGAAGAGAUAUAUAUGCACAUAUAGUAUCUAUAUUCAUACAUACUAUACUCUUGUGUGUAGUGCACGUGCUAUUUUAUUGGUGGUCUGUCUUCUUCGUUAGGCUAUGUCUUCUCAAGCCCUUGCCCCUCCCACAAGUCCCCAAUCCCUCCCCUUCAUUAAUUCCUUGUUUCUGCUGAACACGCGUGUGAAAUGUCCCAGGAAAAGUGCACUUGGGAACUGCCAGUCCGGCUGGGUGGUCCAAGGCUAGACUCUCCCUGUUUGGGGUGUUUCUCCUGUGGGUCAGUGGCCUGUGGAAGGCCAGGUUGCCCCCCAGGGUCACUGCUCCACUAGCCCCCCCCCCAGCCCAGAUUGGGGUUCUACCUCCUACCCCACGCCCUACUUGUGGGGGGACUUCCAGGGGCUUCUCUGCGGCUUCCUCCACUUCUCCCUUCACCUUACCUGUGUCCUUGACUGGGGAGGAGGGGGGUGUUUGUCCUUUUUUUUAUUUUUGGUUUUUCUGUCUCCUUCGUCUGUUUGUUUUCAAAGAUGCUGCUGGGCAGACGGGCAGGGAAGGGGUCUGUCUGCCCAUCAGGCUCAGGGGUCUGAGAAGGGGAAGCCUCGGGCAAGCGGAGACCAGUUGCAAUACUGUAUUUCCUGGCUGGUGGCCAGAGGAUGUGUGCAAUAGCAGAGGCCAGGUGAUCCCUUUGACCUUGGCCUCUGCCCCUCCCUCGGCCCUCCUCCCCACUUCCAGCCUGCCCUGCCCUUCCCUGAUGUUGGUCAGCCCUUUUCUAAAGCUGCCCCCUCGUGUGUCUGAGGCAAGCCUAGGCUGGGGCCGUGUUGCCCUGUCUGCAUGCCUUCGACGUCAUGCUGUGCUCGACUGUCAAUAAAGACGUCCUGCCGCUCCUGCUGUGUGA